AACGCUUCUUUCAACAGCAGCAAGUUAGUCAGCCACCUCGGUAGAUUGCUAGAUGAAAUAGCUGAACCAAUAAAGCUCUUUAGACGCGUUAGUGUAUAUUAGUCACUGUGUUUUAAAACCACUUCUGUCGUCUAGUUAGUUAUCCGAUUUAAUUGAAUAUUUACGGUGUUGUUGUUAUUAUUCAGCUAGCGGACUGGUUAAGUUAGCAUUAGCAUAGCUAACAUCCCGACCUUGCGGUCACUAAGCUACUCUCCUUCUAAUGAAGAGGAUAUCACAGUAAAACAAGAAGUAGAGUGUGAGGCUGUUACUGUGAAAGAUGAAGACGCGUUCAGAGUAAAAGGAGAGGAGGAUGCAGUUUAUGGAUUGAAAGAUGAGGAGUGGGAGAUGACUGUUAAACCGAAAAAGGAGGAGGAAGAAGAGAAUGAGGAAACUGGAUAUCUGGGCCCGGUUUCCCAAACGCAUCUUAAGGCAUCCAAUGGUUCUAACGGUGAAUUUAGCCAUAAGAUGGUUUUGAAAAACCGUUUCCUGAUUAACACUAGAGAGAGACGGGACUAUCGUAGAUCCUCUGGGGAGCUUCAACAACAUCAUGAUGCUGACAAGGCAGAGAAGAGUCUCUCCACAUCAGAACACCUCAAGAAACACCAGCAGAGACCCACAGGGAAGAGAACUCACCGCUGCUCUGAUUGUGGGAAGAGAUUCACCUCAUCAGGCAUUAAAAUUCAUCAGACAAUCCACAUAGGAGAGAGACCUUUUAGCUGUACACAACGUGGGAAGAGUUUUACUCAGUCAACUAGCCUGAUAUCACACCAUAGAACACACACAGGAGAGAAACCUUAUAGCUGUGCUCAAUGUGGGAAGAGUUUUACUAAAUCUCGCUAUCUAACUAUACACCCGAGAACACACACAGUAGAGAGACCUUAUAGCUGUGCUCAAUGUGGGAAGAGUUUUGCUACUUCUAGCUAUCUAACUAUACACAAGAGAACACACACAGGAGAGAAACCUUAUAGCUGUGCUCAAUGUGGGAAGAGUUUUACUCGGUCAACCACUCUAUCACACCAUAGAACACACACAGGAGAGAAACCUUAUAGCUGUGCUCAAUGUGGGAAGAGUUUUGCUACAUCUCGCUAUCUGACUAUACACCAGAGAACACACACAGUAGAGAGACCUUAUAGCUGUGCUCAAUGUGGGAAGAGUUUUACUCAGUCGACCAGCCUGAUGUCACACCAGAGAAAACACACACAGGAGAGAAAUCUUAUAGCUGUGCUGAAUGCGGGAAGAGUUUUACUCCGUCUAGCAAGCGAACUUUACACCAUAUAACACAUACCGGAGAGAAAUCCCAGCUGUGAUCAGUUUGACCAGAGAUAAUCUGAUAAAAUACCUCGGAUCAAACAUCAGAAAAUUCAUACAUGAAGGAGUUGUUUCAUGAUAUCAAUGAAUUCAUGUCACAAUGUUGUACAAGGAGUAUUUUGAUAAUGUCACAAUGUCGAUCCGUAAUCAUUUGCCCCCUGUUCUAUUGAUUUCAACUUAUAUUCGCCUCACGGAAAAAUCCAGGCUCUGAAUUGAAAGAGUUACUAUUUAUGUGAUUUAACAAAAAGUGGCUACCAAAAAAAGAGAUGUGUUGGCGACCCACUUGAAUCAAAAUGAAGCACUCUGUUUUAUACAAAUUGUCCUCUAACCAGGGAUGUACACAUUAUUCCCAGGUUUCGUGUGGUUUUUGAGCUGUUGGUUUUAACAGGACGUCCCUCCUCUCGCACAAAUUAUUUUUGCGAUGAGUUGUGACAAAUAAGUGUUGUGUUCGUUUGUUUAGCGACCCCUAAAUUUUAAUGCAUCACUCCAAAAUGUAGCUGACUGUCUUCACUAGGUUGUCCUCUAACCAGUGAGGGGAAAGAUAUCUCCAAUUUCCAUGUUUUUUUAGUUGUUUUAGUUUCAACGUACAACCUGAUUUCCCCCCUAAUUGAUAUCGGUGAUUUAUUGUUACUUGUCAAAACAACAGUGUUUCUGAUGCUUGUGCAGUUUAUAAGUAGCUUGUUUAAAAAAUACAAGUAAUAUGAUUAUUAUUGAUAUGAUUAUUACAAACAGAUGUUUGUGUACAUAGCACAUUUUAUGUUUAGGUUUUCAAUAUAUCCCAAACUGUUUCUGAAUAUUGUUUAUUGAUUUGGACACUUUAAAACUGUGUUUUGACAUUGGGGCUAUUCCACCGAGCAAAAUGUUGUUGAAAAUAUGUAUUUCGGGUCAUUUUUUAAAUUACUUUAAAACAACGUAAUUUCAACGUACUUUCAGUAGCCGAGUGGUUAGAGCGUUGGACCAGUCACCGAAAGGUUGCUGGAUCGAAUCCAUGAGCUGACAAGGUAAAAAUAUUUUGUUCUGCCCCUGAACAGGGCAGUUAACACACUGUUCCUAGGCCUUCAUUGUCGAUAAUAAGUUGUUCUUAACUGACUUGCCUAGUUAAAAAAAGGUUAAAUAAAAAGUGGACUAAAUUUCUUGAA